AUGGGGUGCUGCCCGGGGGACUGCUUCACCUGCUGCGCCCAGGACCAGAACUGCUGUGAAGAGUGCUGCUGCCAGCCCGCCUGCUGCGGCUCCUGCUGCGGCUGCUGCGCCGCCUGCUGCAGCUCCUGCUGCGGCUGCGGAGGCUCCGGGUGCGGAGGCUCGGGCUGCGGAGGCUCGGGCUGCGGGGGCGGCUGCUGUGGCUCUUCUUGCUGUGGCUCUGGCUGCGGGGGCGGCUGCGGGGGCGGCUGCUGUGGCUCUUCGUGCUGUGGCUCUUCGUGCUGUGGCCCUGUGUGCUGCCAGCCCUCGCCGGUGUGCGACACGAAGUGA